CCGAUCGAUAUUGGGCUUGAUCUCGUCCGAUUUCGGAAAAACUAAGCUGCGCGUGCGAGCGUGCGAGGAUUUUUCUUGUAUAAAACCGUUGCGUAAACCAACAGCAACAUGUCGGCGUCACAGCAGCAGCAGCAGCAACAGUCGCAGCAACAACAACAUGUGCGCGUGGUCGAGCAGCAACAGGUGGAACCAGCUGUGGAGGUGACCUCCACUGGGGCAUCGGAAUCCACAUGCAUCUCGGCCAGCAAGGAGCUAACCGGUUUGACGCACGAGUGCGGCGUGUUCGGGGCCAUCGCUUGCGGGGAUUGGCCCACCCAGAUGGACAUUGGACACGUGAUCUGCCUGGGACUGGUGGCACUGCAGCAUCGCGGCCAGGAGUCGGCGGGCAUAGCCACCAGCGAGGGCAACUGCUCCAAGAACUUCAACGUGCACAAGGGCAUGGGCAUGAUCAGCACCCUCUUCAACGAUGACUCCAUGAAGAAGCUGCGCGGCAACCUGGGCAUCGGACACACGCGCUACUCCACCGCCGGCGGCUCCGGAGUGGUCAACUGCCAGCCCUUCGUGGUGCACACCGCCCACGGAGCUUUGGCCCUGGCCCACAAUGGCGAGCUGGUGAACAACGAAUCUCUGCGCCGGGAGGUUUUGGCCAGGGGCGUGGGUCUGUCCACGCACAGCGACAGUGAAUUGAUCGCCCAGUCGCUGUGUUGCGCCCCGGAGGACGUUUCCGAGCUGGACGGACCCAACUGGCCGGCCAGGAUUAGGCACUUCAUGAUGCUGGCGCCGCUCUCUUACUCCCUGGUCAUCAUGCUCAAGGACAAGAUCUACGCGGUGAGGGACACGUACGGCAACAGGCCGCUGUGCAUUGGCAAGAUCGUGCCGAUUAAUGCGGGACACGGCAAUAGUUCGGACACCCCAGCCGAUGGUUGGGUGGUUUCCAGCGAGAGCUGCGGCUUCCUCUCGAUCGGCGCCAGAUACGUGCGCGAAGUGGAGCCCGGGGAGAUUGUGGAGCUCUCCCGCAGUGGCUAUCGCACGGUGGACAUUGUGGAAAGGCCCGACUUCAAGCGCAUGGCCUUUUGCAUAUUCGAGUACGUUUACUUUGCCCGCGGCGACAGCAUCUUCGAGGGUCAGAUGGUCUACACAGUGAGGCUGCAGUGCGGCCGGCAGCUGUGGCGAGAGGCUCCGGUGGAGGCGGAUAUCGUGAGCUCCGUGCCCGAAUCCGGAACAGCGGCGGCCCAUGGAUAUGCCCGCGAAUCUGGCAUAGAGUUUGCCGAGGUUCUGUGCAGAAAUCGCUACGUGGGACGCACCUUUAUUCAACCCUCAACGCGACUGCGGCAGUUGGGAGUGGCCAAGAAGUUUGGAGCCCUCUCCGAGAACGUUUCGGGCAAGCGAUUGGUUCUGAUAGACGACUCCAUCGUGCGGGGCAACACCAUUGGACCUAUUAUUAAGCUACUCCGGGAUGCAGGCGCCCGGGAGGUGCACAUACGCAUUGCCAGCCCGCCGCUGCAGUACCCCUGCUAUAUGGGAAUCAACAUUCCGACGCGAGAGGAACUGAUUGCCAACAAGCUGAACGCCGAGCAGUUGGCCCGCCAUGUGGGCGCCGACAGCCUGGCCUAUCUCAGUGUGGAGGGACUGGUGCAGGCUGUCCAGCUGAAGCACCGGGCUGCAGGAGAUGGCAAGUCCAAGCCCACGGGGCACUGCACCGCCUGUCUCACUGGCGAAUACCCCGGUGGACUGCCCGACGAGCUGAGCUGGUAAAAGACUUUUGGAAACCAGUUUUUUGCCCACCACAAAACGAAAAAAAUAACGCAUGCAGUAUCAAACGGCGCAGAGGGCCCAGAAUUGCUGUCACAAAUUUUGCAUUUAGUUUAUCUAGCUUUACAGCCCACCCAUUCCUAUUUACACACUCUACCUUCUUAGAUCUUAAGUGAAAAGCCCACGUGCUUCCCUAAAAAGACACUGAUUAAAGUCUGGUUUUGUCUCUGGAACUCCACACUCAUAGUACAAAAUAUAACUCUCUAUGUUGCCCAUCUUGAAUAUCUUUAAAAUUUGUUGAUUGCGAAUGCCAAUAAUAAAGACAUUUAGACUACGAUCAAA